GUUCUCCUUCUGUUGGUCCUUUUACUCCAUUACAGUCGACGAAUCGGUCCGAAAUGGUUGGCCGCAUUUGGAGUUUAUUCAGCAGUCGUCUACGCCUUGUCCACAGGCAUGUUUCCUGGCGCUCUGCUAGUCACGUUGAUGAGCCUUUGCACGCCGUUAUCUGCGACGAGUAGACUGGUCCAAAUUCGAACUAUGCACAGCUCUCAAAACUCGGAGUCUGUCAGUGUUUUGACUUGGUCAAUCGCCGUCUACACGUGCGUCAUGCGGAUUUUCAUUACUUUGGAUCGCGGUUUCGACGCUCCGCUGUUGGCCAACUAUUCAGUUAGUUUGAUUCUCAAUUUGGCCGUGAUUACUUUGGCGUUGAAACUGAGACGGCCGUCGAAGAAAGACCAGAAAAUCGAGUGACAUUAAAUUUGACCAAAUUUGAUGGGCAACAAAAUCUAUUUUACGCGUGACGUAUAAUUUUAUCCGUCGUUAAUAUUACGAUCAGUUCAGUGCAGAUCGAGUACCGCCGGUAGAGACAAAAAGGACAAAGCUAUAAUAAUAAAUUGUUUAACUAACUAUAAAAAGAGACUGUUACGUUUAAAUUCUUAAAUUCUUGCUCUGAAUAUGGCCUAAUGUCCAUUUGGGAGCUUUGUCACGUUUCUCAGAAUUUUUUUUAUUAUUAUUCUCUUCCAUCUCCGAUCGUAUACAGAAGCUUCUCUUUUCUAAUUUGACAUUUACUUGCCACUGGUUAAAUUGCAGUGGAAGCUCCUCGGCAUCUGAUAUGGGAUGACGUUCAAAGGGCCAUCAAGGUCAAACAGACAACUUGUCAAGUCAAACGAGUGAUGUGUUAACUGUCAGGGUGAUUGAGUUUGUUUAUUUUUCUAAACGAACGUGUUCCUAUUUUCUAUUCUUAUUUCUUAUUUGGAAUGUUUAACUGGAAGGCAAACGUCUCUGCGCCUCUAAAGAUCCUGUCACACGCAUUCCUUAUACAUCCGCCAUCCUAUCCCUGCAUUUGUUUCCCGAAUAACACAGUAUAACUGAUUCCUUUCUAAUGGUCAGUCACACACAGUCAACAGGACGUAUGCAUUUUUCAGUGGUGUAUUUAGUGCCUGUUUAGUGGAAUAAAACGUAAAUCGUCAUGAAAACAUCGGUGUUGGCCUUUUUCGCCAUGGUGUGGAUGACGCAGUCUCAAAUGCAAACGACAAUGCGUCGACCACAGUUCGAUAUGACCGACGACGAAUUCAAUUGGUACAAGCCGGUUGCAGUUAUCCUGAAACCAGCGUCGAAACGAGAUUUGCAACAGCGGUUGCUUCAGAUUAAUUUCGAUGAAUUCCUGUUAGCGUCUUAUCCGCCAUCUCUACUUCCACCUUGGCCGUUUGUCCAAGAUUAUUCGUCUUUCCGCCGCUGGAUUAAUUACCAAUCGAGUGACAGAUUAAGGGAUGUGUACAGAAGAUACGAGUUAGCUGGUCAUGUCGAGCGUAGAUUAACAUCUCUGGCCAGGAUGGGACUCGUUGCCAUUCCGAAGGUGACGAAAAUCAAUCACCAAAGAAGUGGAAAUAACCGAAAUCAGGAACAACAGAUACUAGAACAAAACUUGCGUUCCCGAACAGCCAAUCCUUACGAUUUCUUUUCAGGGAAAAAAGGUAAAGACAAACUGCCACCUCCGUGGUUGUAUGAACUCGUCGGACCUCCUGGACCAGCUGGAAAAGACGGUGUCAAUGGGAAGGAUGGUAGAGACGGAAUUCCCGGAGCAAUUGGUCCGCCCGGACCUCAAGGUUUAAUGGGUCCCCCUGGGCAAAAUGGAAUGAAUGGCUCACCGGGCCCUCAAGGCCCUCCCGGAAUACCUGGUGCUCAAGGAGUUCAAGGGUCGCAAGGCCCACAAGGGAGCGACGGAAAGGAUGGUUCCGAUGGAACGCACGGGAAGGAUGGGACUCCUGGCGCUGCUGGGCCUUCCGGUACACCAGGACAGAAUGCAAAAGACGGAAGAGAUGGAUCAGCUGGACCACCCGGCGCACCAGGUCAACCAGGAACUGCCGGACAAAAUGGGAAGGAUGGAGUUGACGGGAAAGAUGGUCAAGACGGAGCUCCGGGUCCACCUGGUCCUCCUGGAAAAGACGGCCAAGAUGGAAGGCCCGGAACGUAUGGCCAAGAUGGUCAAGAUGGAUCGGUAGGAGCAGCCGGGCCUAGCGGAGUAGCUGGAUUAUCAGGUGCCGCUGGCGUUAGCGGGCCAGCCGGAGUACCAGGAAUUCCCGGAACGCCAGGGACCCCUGGUGUUCAGUGGCCAUCAAGUUCAAUCGGCUAACGGACGAUUUCAAAUACAUUUAUUCUAAUUUAUACGACAUAGAAUUCAAUUUUGCUCAAAGUAAAAUAGCUAAAUACUCUGCUGGCACUAAUACAUAUGUAAUAUCUU